AUUUUUUUGAUUGUUUUUAUUUCAGCUGAAAAACUGAAAUUAUAGUUGUCUCUUUUUAAAGUUGUAUUAAAAAUCCUCGUUUAUAUAUAUGCCACAUUCUGUUUCUGCAUUCAUAUUCUGAUAUUUUGUGGCUGAAUAUUUUGGGUCUUCAGUAAAUUUAAGUCACAAUUAGAAAUAAACACUUGAACUCUAAAAAUCUGUGGUAUAUAUUACUUCAAUUAAAUCUUUAGAUGUGUUCAAAUAAAUUUCUAAAAGAAACCUACUUUUCAUUUUUAUUCUGAUUUAUUUAUAUUCCGCUGUAGAAAUACAUAUGUUCAACAUUUCUAUGUAACAAGUGAAUUUGAUCCAAAGUCUACAUGCAAGCAAACACUGAGCUUUUAGCAAACAUGUUCUCUGAACCUCUGUGAUGCAAUGAUGAGUGGGUUUUAGUCUUAUCAUUUAAUCAUUUCUAAUGUAAAACAUCUUCAAUAAUUAGAUAAAUUAAACUAAAAUGGCAAUUUUCAGAACAAUUUACAGCCAUAUCCUUAUAUUAUUGUGGGUAACCUUGAAGGCACACUAUUGUCUGUUUGAUGUAAAAAAUGACUGAACAGUAUGGAUUUGUGCCAGACAAAGCUGAAGUUCCAAAGGUUAGUGUCCUUGUAUGAGAUUUUACAAAAAGUGAGGUUUCUCUGCACCUCAGCACAGUCUCAUUUUGUCUUCCUGGACAUUGGCUGGUGCUGUGCCAUCAUGAAACUGAAGCUGCUUCUCCUUUGCCUCUUCUUGGCUGUGUUCCUUAUACCCACAGAAUCAAAACCAAAAAACAAAGACAAAGACAAAGACAAACAUGGAGACAGACGUGGACCUCCAAGACACCGUGGGCGCGAAAAAAAAAAGCAUAAGUUUGAAGACAUAAUUGAAGAUAUCUUCUUCAGCGAUGGAAGUGAAGAUGAUGAGGAUGAUGAGACUUUGAAUUUAGACUGGCUUUUUGAACUUCAGGAUUUGGAUGGCGAGUGUACACCCAAUCCCUGCCUCAACAAUGGUGUGUGCAAAGAAAAACGCAGAAGAGGGUACAAAUGUGAAUGCCCCAAGCCAUUUAGGGGGAGGAAUUGUGAUAAAGGCCCUAGAGUGUGCAGGAGAGGUGUUUGUGGAAGGGGCGAGUGUGUGCUGACUUCAACCCCUCCUUACUAUGAGUGCAAAUGCAAAUACCCAUUCCAGCCUCCAGACUGCAAACGAUAUUCUGUGUGUGAGCCAAAUCCAUGCCGAAAUGGUGGCCAGUGCAUCCAGGAUGGCAAUGACUUUGACUGUCAGUGCCCGGAAGGGUUCCGAGGACGAUUCUGUCAUGUUGGUCCGAACGACUGUUAUGUGGGUGAUGGAGAGACCUACCGGGGGAAUGUGAGCGAAACAGAGGAUGGCCAUGACUGCCUCUACUGGAAUUCCCACUUUAUCCUGGAAAAUGGAGCCGAUCCCUUCAACUCAUUUGACAACGAAGACGGCCUGGGGCCUCACAACCUCUGUCGAAACCCAGAUGGGGAACCAAAGCCCUGGUGUUUUUUCAGAAGAGGGCGAAAACUGUUGUGGGACUAUUGUGAUGUGACUAAAUGUGAUCAACCGACAGGUGAACCUGCUACUGUUGAGCCACCACCAUCUACUACUAUAGCUCCACAGCCGACCACCAAGGCCCCACAGCCGUCCGAAGAGACUUCAGUUGUCCCUACAAACCCCACCAUUGUCUCAACUCCGUCUCCCACUCCAAAACAGUUCGAAACUUGUGGCAUACCUCAACCAAAAAAGGCCCUAACUCGAAUCUUUGGGGGUCUGAAAGUCAGUCCUGGGGCAAUUCCCUGGCAAGUUUCUUUGCAGCAGAAACCGAAGAACUCCAAGGUUCAAUACAGUCACGUCUGUGGAGGAGUUCUGAUUGAGAGCUGCUGGGUUCUGACCGCUGCCCACUGCAUAGAACAAAACAAAGAUAUGCAGGUGGUGAUGGGUACCCUGUCACUGGAUACGACUGAUCCAUCUGCACAAGUCAUUGAAGUUGAAAAUGCAAUUGUGCAUGAAAACUACAGGGAGACUUCUGCUGCUGUUUUUAAUGACAUAGCUUUGUUAAGGCUAAAGGGGACAGAUGGAUUUUGCGCGAAUGAGACCCAGUAUGUAAAAACUGCUUGUCUACCAAGUGGCCAACUCCCCGAUGGGAUGGAGUGCACCAUUUCUGGAUGGGGAGCCACUGAGGACUCAGAGUAUGGCACCAAUCACCUGUUGGAGGCCAAUGUUCUACUUAUUAAUCAGGCAAAGUGCUCUGAGCCCGAAAUUUAUGGUAAGGUCCUGGAUAAUAGCAUGUUCUGUGCUGGACAUCUACAAGGGGGAGUUGAUUCCUGCCAGGGGGAUUCUGGAGGUCCACUGACUUGCAAGGAGAAUAACACCAGUGUUGUUUAUGGUGUGGUGAGCUGGGGAGACCAGUGCGGAAAGAAAAACAAACCAGGAGUUUAUGCAAGAGUCACUAAUUUCCUUGAUUGGAUCAAGGCAAAGACUCAAGCAUUUCCUUAGAUAACCUUAGGAUAGUUGUGAUGAACCUGCCUGUAUGUUUCUGUUAUUUCUUACCUGCCAUGAUUUAACAUAGCUAAAAGAAAGACCUAAUCUCCUCCAAACAUUUUUCUCUUAUAUUUUCUCUCGAUAAUGUAAAGUUACACCCCAGUGUUCCCUCGUGGAUAAAGUGCCAGGCUCCUGCUUCUGUUUCCUAUCCUUUCAUUUUUGAACAUGUAAGGUAAAAUAAAUUCAAAUAAUUGACCAGAGAUUUGUUGUGGACUGUUUUCC